AUGGCAACGCGAGAAACGCCCUUUGCAGGAAAAUAUGGACAUCCUCAAGGCCCAGGUCACGAAAUACUCAGGGAGUGGCUCCCUUUGAAGAAAAGUGGAUUGACACCGGCCUCACCAAGUGUAGUCGAUUGGAGAAAGUUGGUGUCAGCAGAUAGGCAUAGGGCAUUAGAAGAUUACCAGAGAACGAGAUUUUGGGGGUUUACUGCUCAUGAGUUAGAACAAAUUGGAGCACUGGCAGAUAUUAGGCCAGGUAAAUGGGAUUCCGAUUCAACAACUGGACGGGUUGACCUUGGCACGGUUCCGAUACACCCUAUCUUUGAGAGGCAACAUUGGGAAAGAGAAGAUGUGAUACCAUUACAUUUUCCCAAACAUCCAUAUGGAGAUGGCAACAAAUUCUGGGAGAUCAAAGGCAACGAUGAAAUAUGGGAGGCAAUACAACCCGCUCUCAAGAUUGUCACUCUUGUGCUGUCAAACGUCGCUACUUGGCAGUGGUUCGAUGCACUACUCAAUGGCAUGUACCAGAAAAUACCUGAUGAUGAACUACCUGCCGAAAUCAGAGGGUCUGAUUACUGGCGUUUUUAUCCUUCAAACCUCUUCAACUAUCAGGAGCGAACUGCUACGUUCAAUGAAUUCUUAAAUGAAAUAGUAGGUUCAAUAACUUGGGGCUUCGGAAUAGGACAAGUCUCCUUAGAAUGUUUUCCCCAAGAUGGGACCUAUACCAACGGUAUAACAGUUGGCCCUAGAAAUUCGGUAUUGAAUCUCAAGGGCACUACUUUCAUUUUAAUUGCUCAUGAUAUAGUCGAACCACUGUUGAAUCCAAACUUGCUGCCGGAAGAUAGAGCGCUAAACACCUUUCACAUCGUCUCUGUGGUAUUACACGAACUCACGCAUGCAAUGGUUACCUAUCUAUCAGCGAAAAUGAAAGGUUCAGAUUCGAGAUAUGACGGGGAACCUUAUUUCAUGGACGAGCCGAUUGCUGAGACUGGAUUCUCUAUGCAAUCAUCCGUGUUUGGAGGAAUCGACAUCCCACUAGUCAGCGGUUUGGAUCUCCCGGGCAAAUCCUGUGGAGGAAUAGUUCAUGUGUGGUUUGGUGGAGUCUCUGGAGGUCCUAUGCUUCCCCCGUCAGAAACUCAGAAAUUGUGGGAUAUCAGAGCGUGUUAUCCAGUACCUGUAGAUUGGUUCAUGGGGCUACAUGAUCAAAAUUUCUGGGGUUUUUACUUACGAGCUUUCGGUCCCAAGGCCACACACAUGGGUCCGAAGAUUAAUUUUAAAAGCGAUCAACUAUAUGCAACAGCUCCUAAAGGCGAUGAAGACACCUCUUAUCUCGAUGUGCCAUCAUUAGCACGAGAAUCUGAGAUGGUGUCAGUUUAUAUAGAAAAUGCGCGUCGGAGAAGGGUUAAAAAAAUCAUGGAGAGGGCUCAGAAUAUAAGUCCAAAGCAGCCAGGGCAUUAUCACUAUUCGCAACGAGUAGCCCUGAAAGAUAAAGCUCCAUACUCGGGUCAAACUUGUCCAAGAUACGAUGAGAUCAAGAAAUAUUUUGAGGAUAACAGAACCGCUUUGGGACUAGGAGCCAUGAAAUUUAUCAUACCUUCACCCUUAUUAAGAAGUUAUGUUGUACGCCAUGGUGGAAUCAACCUCACAAAUUUAGAAUGGACAAACUUUUUCGUGGUAGCUAAUGGUCAUAAGGAAAUGUUCACUCACGCCGGACAUGGAAUGAUUGGCUUAAUCAAAGAUGGCUGGAGGAGACCAGAAAUUCCAAUAGGACCUAAACGUCAACCGUCACUACUGCGUCGAGUGUCAACCAGACUUCAAUCUCCUGCUUCAAAGUCCAAGCGUGAUCAACUGCAGCCGCCAAGCGAUAAACUAGCAAAAGUAUUCGCAAUUGUCUGCUCUGCUGUACUUAAAAAGGUUGAUCCCCUAGAAGCAACAUUAGAUUUCUGCAAGAACAAUUUUCGGGAAACGUGUAACGCUGCUUGGGGAUUAAACAGGAGUCUCCUCGAGAGAAAGGGUUAUGAGAUUCCGGAUCUGCCAAAUGGAUUUCCAGAGGGUUCAAGUCAUCUUGAUAGAUGCAUAUAUUGGUCGGACUUGUUUGAUAAUGAGGCUCCAGAAGGAAUGGUUAGAAGAAUGAGAUUCGAGGAACCAGCGCUUAUAGAGCCAGAACUACGUGGCAGGAAAAAGUUGUGGAAGAAGUGUGUGUUUCAAAGUCAGGCUGAGAGAUAA